AUUCUCUUAUCCACACAAAUCUCCCUCUUCCACUCAUUUCAUUGUCUAUAUUCUUCUUCUUUUCCACUUUCUCCUCCCAUUUUUCCCAUUACAAACACUACAUUUUUCUGUUUUUGAUUGAAAGUUUUCAUUUUUAGUAUUUUGGACUAAAUCACCUGCUUUGGGUUUUCUUGAUUUUUGCAGGGUUUUUCUUUUUUGUCUGACUGACCCUUUUGGCAUAUAAGAAUUUGGGUAUUUUUUCAAAUCUUGAAAAGUUCUGAGUUCUCUUCAUAAAAAGCUUCAAGACACUAUUUUUUCAAUUUUUCUUGUGUGAAACUCAAAAGGGUAUGUCUUGAAGUUAGUGUUAGGAGGCAAAGAGUUGAGUAAUAAAAGAUUAAAAGAUGAAGAUACAGUGUGAUGUGUGUGAGAAAGCUCAAGCUACUGUGAUUUGCUGUGCUGAUGAGGCUGCUUUGUGUGCAAAAUGUGAUAUUGAAGUUCAUGCUGCUAAUAAAUUAGCAAGUAAGCACCAAAGGCUUCAUCUUCAGUGCCUAUCUAACAAGCUUCCUCCUUGUGAUAUUUGCCAAGAUAAAGCAGCCUUCAUCUUCUGUGUUGAGGAUAGAGCUCUCUUUUGCAAGGACUGUGACGAAGCAAUUCAUUCAGCCAGCAGCCUCGCUAAGAACCACCAACGCUUCUUAGCCACUGGAAUCCGUGUAGCCUUGAGCUCAAGCUGUAAUAAGGAAUCAGUAAAAAACCAACUACAGCCACAACCACCUCAGCAGAAUUCCCAACAAGUUGGCUUGAAAAUGCCUCCACAGCAAUUGUCCGGUAUAACAUCACCAUCUUGGCCUGUCGAUGAUUUACUAGGAUUUCCAGAUUAUGAGUCGAGUGACAAGAAGGAUCUACUUGAGCUUGGUGAAUUUGAGUGGUUAGGAGGCAUUGAUCUCUUUGGUGAACAAACAGCAGCUGAAGUGCCCGAGCUAUCAGUACCUCAGUCGAGCAAUACAAAUAUUUACAGGACAACCAAAUAUCAAAUGCCUUACAAGAAGCCCAGAAUUGAAAUCCCAGAUGAUGAUGAGUAUUUUACUGUCCCCGAUCUUGGUUGAACUCCAACUUCAAGAAGUUUUCAAUUAAAAUGUGCAUGUGUGCUUGUGUGUAGUACUUAAUCAGUGCUCUCAUACUAUCAACAGAUAUGUUCAGUAAGUAGAAAAAGUAUUGUUCUGCUUAAGAUACUCCUUAUCUUGCUUACUUUCGCAGUGCGCUCAUAUUGUCAACAGACAUGUUCAGUAAGUAGAGGAAACACUAUUCUGCUUAAGAUAUCCUUUAUCUUGCUUA